UUAUUACACAUGUUUGCCAGGUGCCACAAAUUUUCCCAUGAACCAGCCCUGACUGGCAGGAUCACUGACCAUAGCGAUGAAACUAUGCUAGAUUCAUCAAGGAACUCUUUAAUUGACAAUAAUCCGAACGGGCUAAUAAUAUCCUCAUUUGAUAGUGCCAAAUUUCAUCGAAGGAUCAAAAGAUCAGUUGUAAACUCGUUAACCAACUCGAUAUCAGAUGCGUCCCACAAUAUACUACCAAAAACAGGUAGAAAAUAAGAAGAGAUACUGAAUCCACAACUCUCAGUCCUCUCCGGAGUCUGGAUUCAAGGAAGACCUUUCAAUUAUUGGCAGAAGCAAAUUGAAGCUGCUUCAAAAAUCUACUAAAAUUCCUAAAUAGUAUCAAACUGCAUAAAAGAAAGGAUUCUAGGUUUUUGAAGGAUAUCCUGAACCCCUACAAAGACUUCACAGCUGCAGAUAUAGAAGUCGUUGGGCGAUCCAAGACCAAGUCUCAGGGAAGAACCUCUCAGAGUUUUGACUCUUGCAUUUUUGGCUUGAAACAUAAUCGUAAAGAUAAGCAUCUGCCUGAUGGAUGCAUACAGGUUGUGUCAGAUAAAGGCACUGCAAAGUUUGCAGAUAGUCAUAAGUAUAAGCACUCUCCUUUAAGGGAUCAUUUACAGAAUAACAAAAUUACUGAAAUAAUUCUUAACAAAGAUAACAAUAUUAACCUCCUUGUAAAGCCGGUCCAGCUCAGCAAGCCUUACAAGAACCGAUGAACUCUCAAUAAAAACAUCAGUAAAAUCAGAGGCCUUCAAGCAAUAAACAAUGGUAACCGAGGACUACACCCUAGACCAAUUUCAAAGAAGAUCAAAUAAGGCUUUUCAACGUAAGCUUCAGAGUGAGAAGAAGCAAAAGCUGUUGGUGCUUGACAGAUUUCUUGAGCCAACCCCAGAAAUACCUAAAAGCAAAUCUUACCAAACAACACCUCCUGUCAAGCCAAUAUUGGAUCGGAUAAAGCAUCCUAUUUACACGAAAUUUCAGAAUAAAGUGAUUCUGUCUCGCCUGGAGUCCAUAAACCUAAGCUUUCCAAAGGAGAGCAACAAGACGUGCCACAAUAGUUUCAAAGCGACUCCAAACAGGACUGGCAAGCAAUAUCAUGUGAAAUUCCAGCCAAAUAUCAAAACCCCCUUGCAUCCUUUCAGUCAGGAUUCAAGUCAGACAAAGUUGAAGUCGUAUAAGUUCUUUUUCAAAGCGAGGCAAGCCUCCCGACUUCCUCAUGAGUUGUAA